UGUCACCGUAAUUAAUUUUUCGUCAGAUUUGUCAGCUAAAUGUGGAUCAUGUGGGGAGGGUGCGCGCAAAUUUUAUGAUAUGGAUAAAAUGAUAACCGUAUAUUUAACAAGCUUUUCUUGAAAUCUAUAGAAUAAGAUAUUCCUAUAGGUUUACAUCAUGUUUUCCUUACACUGCAGGAACGCAAGGAAAACUUCCUAUAUGUUUUUUCAAAGGAUGAAAUCGAUGUCCCUGUACAGACGUAGUAUUAACUACUUUUUUAAAGAAAACUUAUUACUUACGAACAGUUUAUCAUCAGGAGGAUUCAUGGCCCUUGGAGACAUGAUUCAGCAAGAAUAUGAGUAUCGACAGAAUCAAAUACCUAAGAGAUAUGAUUGGGCACGUAUGAAGAGAAUGUUUAUCGUAGGAUCGUUACUUGGUUGGGGACAUCACCACUAUUAUUUACAUUUAGAUGUGUUACUGCCAAAAACAAAUAUGAAGACAGUAUUCUUAAAAGUUGCAGCUGAUCAAUUUUUUUGUGCACCUAUUACUAUUGUAUGUUUCUUUUAUGGAAUGGGAUAUUUAGAAAAUAAGUCAGUGACUCAAUGUACUGAUGAAUUGACAAAAAAAUUCAAGUAUGUUUACUUGGGUGACUGGAUAUUUUGGCCUCCUGUACAAUGUAUAAAUUUUUAUUUUUUACCAUCUAAAUAUAGAGUGUUUUACAUAAAUAUUGCAACAAUGAUAUUUGAUGUGUAUUUAUCUUUAAUGAAACAUUAUGAUCAAAAUGACUAAUGUUUCUAGAUAUAGGGUAGCUUAAAUUGCAAAAUUGUGUGCAAUAUAGUUUUAUUUAGUCAGCUUCAUAGUGCAACUGCAUAACAAACUUAUAAAUGAUAAAUAUUGCAUUUAUUAGUUUUGAGUCCAAUUUUACAGAAGGUGGAAACAUAUUUUUUAAUUAUGUUACUAAAUGGUGAUAUUAUAUUAUGACAAAUCUUCACCUUUUGUAAAACUUCAUUCAAGCUAACUAUACUUGGUGUAACUAAAUACCUGUGCUUCUUAUAUAGUGUAGUUAAUUAAAUAUUUUCUUCUUCAUUUGUGUUACUAUAACAGCUUAUUGUACCCAUUACAUAAGAUUUUAAAGCCCUUAAAGCAGGCUAGGAAAAGAUGCAAAUGGUAAUGAUUUAAUGGUCUUCAGAUUUACCAAAAAUAGAAUAUUUGGUAAAGCUAAAAUACGUGAUAAUAUAUAAGCAGCAUCAUUUGCAAUUUUGCUGUAGUUCUCAAAAAUUAGGGAUCCAGAACAGUCCUUUCUAAAUCUUAACAAUUAUCACUAGCUUUUAUGGUAACAUAAGUUUUAAUGUGAUCUGUGAUGUUUUUGUAGUGCAAUGAUUUUGUUAAAACUGGUAUACUUCAAAGUA